UGCACUGCACAUGGGGAGGCACUCUUGCUGCUACAAGCAGAAACUAAGGAAAGGCCUGUGGUCUCCUGAGGAAGAUGAGAAGCUUAUAAAGCAUAUAACCAAGUAUGGCCAUGGCUGCUGGAGCUCUGUGCCUAAACUAGCAGGGUUGCAAAGGUGUGGCAAGAGUUGCAGGCUAAGGUGGAUAAACUACUUGAGGCCUGAUUUGAAAAGAGGGACAUUUUCACAGCAAGAAGAGAACCUGAUAAUUGAGCUUCAUGCAGUUCUAGGCAACAGGUGGUCUCAGAUUGCAGCUCAAUUGCCAGGGCGGACCGAUAACGAAAUAAAGAAUCUGUGGAAUUCUUCCCUUAAGAAGAAGCUGAGGCAGAGAGGCAUUGACCCCAGCAGUCACAAGCCACUUUCAGAGGUUGAGAAUGAAGAGAAGACCAAGAUAUCCAUAACCAACAGGAAUAGCGAAAUUGGCAUUGCUGAGGCCGAGAAUUCAGACAAGGGAAUGGCUGCCAGGCAAAAGCCAAAUCCCGCAGUGGCUGUGGACCUUACUGAAAACAACUGCAGCAACAUGACUGCCACCCCUUCAACACAUGAAUUCUUCAUGGACAAGUUCGUUUCUUCCCAUGAGAGCUCCACCACCAGAUGCAAGCCUUCUGAAUUCCCAGGUUACUUCUCUUUCCAGCAGCUGAAUUGUGGUCCUGAAAUCAGGCUCUCUGUGAAUCAAAAUACCGGUCUCUUCCACAACCCAAACUCAGGCUCUUCUGAGAUGAUCUCUGAGUUUUUCCCUUCCAUGUCGAGCCCAAUUCUCAGUUCCACAACACCACCAGUCAAGCCUUCGAUUAGCCUCCCCCACAAUAACCCUUCAAUGGGCUCCUUUGAUAUGAAUUGGAAUGGUGGCGGCACCUUCAGUAACAAUGGCAGUAGCAGCAAUGGAAGCAGCAACAGUAUUGAAUUGCAAAGCAACAAUUCCUUCUUUGAGCCAAACGCCUUUUCUUGGGGACUCACAGACUCUGUAAAAUCGGAGAAAGAAGCUGAAAUUCAAGCACUAGAAGGCAACCCAGAAGACAUCAAAUGGUCCGAGUACCUCCAGGCCUCCUAUUUACUCGGAACAGCAAUCCAAAACCAAAAUGCUCAAGCUAUAUAUAGUGAGGCUAAACCAGGAACACAGUUCAGUACAGAGGGUUCUAUUACCAAUUGGCUUCAGAACCAGCAGCACCAAUCUGCACAGACUGCCGACAUUUAUAACAAGCAUUUCCAGCGACUAGCCGCCAAUUACGGCCAAUUUUAGCUUGUGUUUGACAUUUGGAGCCCAAAUUGAAAAGGAAGAAUUGCAAAAAAUUCUUUGAGGAGGCUUUGAAAAGUGGAAAAGAAAAGAAAAAAAAGAAGAAACAAAAAGCCUUCUCCUGGUUGCAGGUUUGUGUUAUAGGAUUUUCUUGCUUUGUAAAUUAAUAGGUUCAAUACAAAGUUCCCAGCUUUCUAAACCAUCUGUUAUUGUGAUAGAAACAAGCCUAUGCCCAUCUCUUGACUAUGCACUGUGGUAGAACUACAGAAUAAAGACUCUGUUUCAUUGUGUUUUCAUGUUUUAUGCUUCAUUGUUUUGGUUUACAGAUUGUAUUUUCAUCAGUAAAAUUUGAACACCUUGUGCUUUUACAA